UUCGGCUAAGAAACACACAUGAAAUCCUAUAGAAUGUACCCAAAAAAGAGCCUCCAAUAUAUACACACACAUUCUCAGACAGCUGAAAGCAGCAUUUGUUGCCAGCACGAGGCUUGAGCAACAGUCCUACAGCCAGCAAAAUUGACUUUUUUUUUCUUCAGGGGGACUUUUUGUAGCUUCGGUUUCAAAGCUGCUACUAGGGAUCUCCGGUGGAAUUUUGAGCUGGGGUUUGAUGGGGUAUUUGAAGACGGGGAUCUUUUUUCUAGCUGUUUUAGGUCAGUACAGUAGAUUGGUGAAUAUUUCUUAGAGCGAGAUUGGUUGAAGGGCGUGUCAAUAGGUGCAUGGGAGGGAUGGAGCUGGCUCUUGGAAAAGCACCAGUAGUGAUUGGAAAGUCUUUCAUCUGAGGUCGGAGAUGGGUGAAGGAACUUGUUGCGACAAGUGUUUGAUGUGGUGAAGAAGAAAAGGCCUCCAGAUUCAUCCAGGAGAAGCCACCAUUUCCAACCAGUGCUUUCGUGAAUGGAAUCAGACAUGGUUAUCCAUAAUGGAGGAUGUCAUUGCAGGAGAGUAAGGUGGCGAGUCCAAGCACCAAGUAGUGUUGUCGCUUGGAACUGCAACUGUUCUGAUUGUUCCAUGAGGGGAAACAUUCAGUUCAUUGUCCCUUCUGAAAAGUUUGAGCUUCUUGGAGAUUCCAAAGAAUUUCUUACAACCUACACUUUUGGCACACAUACAGCAAAGCACACAUUCUGUAAGUUCUGUGGCAUAACUUCGUUUUACGUUCCACGAUCACAUCCAGAUGGGGUUUCAAUUACUUACAGAUGUGUUGACCCUGGGACUCUCACUCAUGUUGAGAUUAAGCACUUUGAUGGGCAGAAUUGGGAAAGGUCAUACAAUCAGACAUUUGCUUCAUGCUCUCAAGGUGCAGGCUGCUGAAGUGUCGUUCUUUCUACCACCACUCUGCUCUCCUUCCCUCCCUAAAGUAGUACAAUAUUAUGGAAAAACCUUUGUGAUAUCGCUCUUUGGAACAUUCUCAAAGUUGGAAAAUAAAAUUAGCUAUGUUAGUUAGCUAAUUGAUUGGUAUAAGGGAUAUUACUUUUUUUCAUGGAAAUAUAUUUAAUUUUAAUAA